AUGUCUGAGGUGGAUGCUCAAGAAGAGUUUCACGACGCUCCCGAAGAGGCCAUCAUCGAGGUCCAAAAGGAGUUUGUCGCUGAGAUUGAGCAUGACAACAGCAAUGCUCAACAAGCCGGUAAGAGAUGAAAUCAAAGUGGUUCGUGUAAAAAAGUAACACGUUUUAGAAGAGGGUGAAGAACCAUUGGUGACUGCUGAGGCUGAUGAUGAGAAGAGUGCUCAGCAAGUGGAUGAGGACCGUACUGAAGAUCAGGUAAUCAGGAUUUUUUUGAACUUGUUGUACGCUUCUGAACUUUCUAUACAAUUUUAAUCAUCUGAGGAAGGCCGUACCUCAGAAAUUCUUUGGAAAAAUGAACUCACUUACCUCAUUUGUGUCUGUAACUUUUGAUAUCAGAAGCUCAAGCUUCUCCCGUCGACACAGGAACCUACCUGAAAAAUAGAAAACAGAAGCAGAAAACAAAAAAUAUUGUCUUACUAGUCAUUUUCUGCUUUCUAUAUCAUCUCUUAUCAUAUCAUGUUCAUUCCUUUAUGGUCCCAGCCCCCUGGUAAACAAGUCCCAACCAUCACCCGUCACUGGGUGAUAUCGUGAUAUAAGACAAGAGAUUGCUCGAUGCGUAGGUGUCUCUCUCUCUCGGCAGCCUCGGCAGAGACCAAACUUUUUUUUCCUUCGGUGCGUCCUGGUGCGUCGAGUUGCAAAACGCAAACAACCAGUCAUUCAGACACUCAAUCACUAUCCAACGACUCAUUCCGUCCCCCGUUAAUAAAUCCGAACACUUUCACAUUCAGACGUUUUAGUAUAUCUUUCGAAAUAUAGAUAAUCUAGACUCCAGCCAAAUUUAAUGUCCGUGUUCUUCUCCGUUUUAUUUUUCAUUCUCCACUAUAUUCAUUCUUUGCCGAACCGAACCACCGGCAGUAAUGUUUUAAAAAUGCUCAGAACCAGAUGGCUUUUCACUUUUACCGCACCGCGCCAGAUCCGUGUCCAAGUUCUUUGCCAAUUCCUCAGAUCAAACAAAUCACCAUGUGACUGACUAACUUCCCGCGUUUACAUCCACUUGUACCAAAGGUGUUCGUCAUUUUUCGUCAAGUGCACGCACACCCGACGUUUCUUUUCGAAUCGGGUAUAAACCUGAACUUGGUCAUUCUUACAGGUCCCCGAUAUCACUGGAACGGAGUACGUGGACCCAAUGACUACAAGCAUGGACGGAAUUGAAGAUCUGCCAGCGAACGAAGAAACUCAGGUUAGAAAAGAGAAUGAAUCGUCUUUACCGUAAGCUCUAAUUAGCAACAAUGAUCCAUAACUAAUUUCACUUUUUCUCAUCAACAUUAGACAUAGUUUCUUCCUAACUUUUACAACUAUCAUCCUAAUCCUUACUAAUCAGUUCGAAGACACGAUCAUCGAGGAGGAUGAGCUUCCCGAUCAACUAGAGUCAGUGGAACAUCAGGAGCCACGCUCGGAGGUCAUCUCCUCGGAAAUCGUCGAGGAGGAGUUCAUUGAGGAGGAGGAAGAGGUAGAGGAAAGCUACGUGAGUUUAGGAAACAACGGUAACACUUACUUACCAACCUCAAUCAACCAACAAUCUUGAUAUUCUAGUUGAAUUUCAUAAUUUUCGAAACAUGUUUAUGUUUUAGGUUGAGGAAUCGGCUCCAGCUGCGGACGAACCUGCCGCAGAGGAAGAUUCUCCAAAGGAAGAAGCUGUUGCCGAGGAGGCUGCGCCAGCCGAAGAAGAUGCUCCGGCCGAGGAAGCUGCCCCAGCCGAGGAGGCCGCUCCAGAAGAGGCUCCGGUUGAGGAGCCAGUAGCUGAGGAAGCUCCAGCUGCCGAAGAGGCUGCUCCGGCCGAGGAAGCCGAGGAAGCUGCUCCGGCCGAAGAGCCAAUUGUGGAAGUUGCUGUUGAGGAAGCGCCAGCUGAGGAACCAGUUGCUGAGGAGGCUGCUCCAGAGCCAGAGGCUGAGAAGCAAGAGUUCGAGCUUCAGGCUCCACCAGAGGGCAAGCGCCCACGCACUCCAAAUGAUUUGGACAACCCACCGACUGAGGAUGAGCCAGUUGCCGAAGAGGCUCCAGCUGAUGCUGAGGUGCCACCAACUCCAAAGACUGCUGCUUCGGGUGAGAAAUUGAUUUGAAUAGUAGCUAAUAAAAAUAUUCCUACAGAGAAACAAUCGGUGCCAGCCACUCCAAGAUCGGCUGUCCCAUCGGAAGUCCCAGCGACCCCCAGAUCGGCUGUCCCAUCGGAAGUGCCGCCAACUCCAAAGUCAGCUGCUCCAUCUGAAGUGCCACCAACACCGAAAUCCGCUGCGCCAUCGGAGGUGCCACCAACGCCAAGAUCCGCUGUACCAUCCGAAGUCCCACCGACCCCCAAGUCCGCAGCCCUUUCGGAGGUUCCACCAACCCCGAGAUCAGCUGCUCCGUCGGAUGUGCCACCAACUCCAAAGAGCAAUGGACAUCUUGCCAAUGGAAGCAUUCCAGGAACCCCGUCCAUUGCUCAAGAGAGGUACUUAUCAGUUACUUACUUUUGCAUGUUCAUCAUAUCACUUUAUCUUCCCCGAGCCUCACCUCUAAUGUUUCAUUUUUCGUCUAAACCACGCACCAUUACAGCGCCAAGGCUACUCCGGUUGCCACUCCGGCCGCAACGGCUACUCCAGCCGCUACGGCUACUCCAAUUGCCACUGCCACCCCGAAGGGCAACACUGCUUUCACUUUCGAGGAGACUCCAGCAACUCCAAAGUCGAGCGUGCCGGCCACUCCAAUCGAGUCAAACUUGACCACUCCAGCCGCACCAAAGACACCAAAGAGCCCUAAAACCCCACGCACGCCACGCACCAAAACGCCAAAGACCCCAGUCGUGUGAGUUUCUUCCCCCACACCUUUCCCGCACUUUUCUAUCUCUUUUCUUUUUGUUUGUCUAUUACUAUCUAUCUAUCUAUUUCGCUUAGAGUAGAAUUGAGUUUGAGCGCACGGUUAUAGCACAAUAUAUCACUUUAGGGUUGAACCAGAGCCAGAGCCAGUUGAGGAGGAGCCAGUGGCCGAGCCAGAGCCAGAACCAGUUGUCGAGGCUGAGCCAGAAGCAGAGCCAGUCGCAGAGGAAGAGCCAGAAGCUGUCGAGGAGCCGCAAGAACCAGCCGCCUCUGAACCAGAGCCAGUGGCCGAGGAGGCUGCUCCAGAACCAGAAGCUGUUGAGGAACCAAUUGAGAAGACUGAAGUCGCCGAGGAAGAGUCUGCUCCACCAGCUGCUCGUCAAUCAUCGCCAUCGCCACCACCAGCUCGUCGCCGUGUUCAGUCUCCAUCUCCGGAAAGAAAGCGCACUUCUCGUCACGCGGACCGUGACAUCACCAGCUAUGACGAGGACUCGUACCGAACUGUGCCACCACCAAGAAUCCCGGCUGCGACUUCGUUCUCGUCGUGGAGCCCACCAGACAAGCAGAGCUACACUCCGAUCAGGUAUCCGAUUUCAAUUCUUGUUCCUUUUCAAAUAUGAACGAUUGUUCAGCCCAUUCGUGAGCACCGCCAACAAGUACCGCAACGAGUAUACCUCUGGUACCAGCUACCGCCCGAGCAACAUUUACACCUCUCACUUCGACGACAUCGUUGCCACCGGAGCAUUCUCUUCGGCUUUGUACUCCACCACCCGUUUGAUUGAGAGAUCCCGCAGUCGCACUCGUGAACGCAAGCAGGCAAUGAGAUCCCAAAGAUCGGCUUCUAACUACUACAGGUUUGUUUGACACUCACACUUGGUCAAUUCUAGAUUAAUUUUUCAGAUACGUCUCCCAGUACCCGGCGCCAACGCGUGCCCGCGAGUACUCGACCCCUCCAACUCGCACUGUGAGCCGUCCGCCUAGCCGCAACUCGAGCUUCAUCUCAUUCCUCGACUACUCGGAUGCCAAGCAAGGAGAGCUCUCGCGCGCUAACUCCCGCAGCUCCAUCUACGGAGACUCGCUCUCCAGAAGCACUUCUCGCGCCAAUGUGGAUGCUUAUCUUGGCGGCGGCCGUCUUUCUCGCGUCGAUAGCUACGUUCGCGACAUCCACACUCCGUACGAGUACGAGGUAAGAAGUGGGGCAGUGAUAUGAUUGAGUGAGAAGUGGAGAGUAGAGCAAACAGUAGCCAGAUAUCUAUCAAUAGACGGUUUGAUGUCCGAUCAUUUCAUUGUCAUUGCCAGGUGCCAUCCAGCUACGAAAGAUACCGCUCGUCGUCCAGAGGCCCGACGUCCUACUCGACGAUCAACGGAUACACUGUAAGUUUUGCUCUGUAGUGUGAAACACUGGUGUCUAGGGGGGUUUGCCCCUCACUGUUUGUCAAACUGACGAGUGUCAAGUGGAAAGUGGCAAGACUUGUUUAUCAAUUCUUCGAAAAGAUUAAUGACCAUAAUUUUCUCUUUCUUAUUUACUUUGGUUUGCUCGAGAAUGAUGAGAACUAGUACUAUCAUUUAGUUUUGAUUAUGCACUUUUGUUUUCCUUUUUUCAGUUACGUUUUUUGAUCUAUUAUCAGUUGGUGUCCCUGCGAGAAAAAGUAAAAGAUAUUGUGUCUAUGAUGAAGUGGGAGGAGAGGGGAGCUCGCGCAAACAGUAACAGUAACUUGAGGCGAAAAAUACACGCACUUUGCGAGUGAGCACAAACACCACUCCAGAGCCCUUAGUCAAGUCCUUGGCUUCCUUUCCGACUCGCAAUCGCAAUCGCAAUCGUUUUUGUGUUGCGUUUCCUUUCUUUUCGCUUCCUUCCCUUAUAUCCUUCUAUCCUUUCUCUAUUCCCGCUUGGUUUAGAGCCAGAGCGUUCGUUCCACUUUCCGGGAGCUAGCCCCCUACCCGGACACUUCACUAAAGACAUUCUUAUCCCUCCCCUCCCACUCGUUUUCGCUAGUCUUGUCAGAUAGUUUUCUAUUGACUUGGUCUAGUCCCAACCCGCCAGUCGUAAGAUCUCAUCUGUUUCUCUUAAAAAAACAACAACCCCCUCCCAUCUUAAACAUGUAUCUCUUGUCGAAGAAACGUAUAUUCAGGCAGAAAUAUGACCUCGUAAGUUAUUGGGGUUAUAAAAAGAAAAAGGCACCAGUGUUUUGCACCUAAUCAUCCAACCUUUUUAACCUUAAGUUUCUCACCGUCACUUCCAGGCUUACACCUCCUCCCCAUCUUACGUCGAGACUGAUUCCACCCGUAGAAUGAAGAGAUAUCAGAGAGACACCAGCCCGGCUAUGGUUCGCAGCAUGUAUGAGGUCAGAGCAUAACGCCCAGUACCCACCCAACCUGUCCGACUUGAUCAUAACGUCCUCGUCUAACCAGUCCUUGAACUCUCUUGCACACUAACCGGAAUGCAUGCCCAUAUUCCGGAGCCCAUGUCACGUUGUUACAUGUUUUCAGGGACGCAUCGGACAACUCGAAAGAUCGCUGUCUCGUGAGGUUAUCCAGAAAGACAGAGUAUGUUUUGUUGGUCCCCCUUAUCCAUUCUGAACGUCCGAAAAGCUUCAUGUUUUAUGUAAUUGUAAAUCCAUUCAGUUGCGCACCGAGUACCAACAAUUGUCCUCCAAACUUGACCAAGCUGUCCGUCAAAUGGAACUGCUCAGGUCUAAUUCAUACAGCAGCUACCGUGGACAAUCCCUCCCACGCACUAGCGUCUACUCCCACUUCUAUCCGCACUACUAAAUGUCUCUUCUUUUCUUCUCCCAAUUCUCCCAAUUACUUUCUAGCAUUUUAGGCAGACAAUAAUGUUACCUUUUUUUACCAUCACCACCAUCAAACUUUCCUCUCUUUGCACCCUGUUUCGCUGCCAAGUUCUGAAUGAGCUCCUGAUUCUGCAGGAGUGAUUUUCUAGUCAAAUUUCCCGCAUUUUAUCUAUCCUACCUACCUGUGUAACGUUUGCAUUAUCCCCCUUCUAUCAAAGGUAAGAAACACUUUCACUAAAUGUGUGUGCAUGUUUUGUUCCUCUUAUAUAUUUGUUUCUUAAAUGUAGAACCCCGUUAUCAAACAAAAACAACAACUUCUCUUUAAUAAUACGUCUCAUAGAACUGUGUAAUACUACCCUCAGUGUGUUGUUCUCCGCACUUCCUCUUGACAAAUCAGAAACCCAAAAGCAUUGCAGCCCGUAUACACCCCCGAGCAUGGAAGAUCAUCGGCUAAUAAACAGGCCGGAUAUUCGGCGCUCCAUAGCUUAUACACUGGAUUUGCGCGCGACUGGGCUACCUACAACUGAACGGUAAUUCGGAUUCGAUUCAAUUUUCUGUGAAAUACAUAAAUUUUCAGGUGGCGUCUGGGAAACGUGGUGUAUGGCGGUUUGUACCGCAAGAAAUACGAUGCUGACUUAGAGAAAGCCGUUCAAUUCUAUAGUUCCUGUGCUAAAAAACGACGAUUCUAG